AUGCGGCAAUACUCCCACCUCCAUGCCCAACUAGCCCAGCUCAACGCCAACCUAGCUGAUACGCAGAACCUCAUGCGCAUGACGAGUGCUCAAGCAAGUGAUCUACGGUUUCUAGGCGGAUAUGUAGGAAGCCUGUUUAUGGGCGCCGCGAAAGUCUUGGGCGAGGAGGGAAUCAACGGGCAGGAUCAUAGCAACAACAAAGACAAGAGAGAUGGAAGUAAAGAGGGCGAGGCCACGCGCGCGGAUAGUGAGAGUGGUGCUGGAGAGAAUGACGACGAGAGCUAG